UCAUCUCGAGGUACACGCUAUGACCUAUGAGUAACAUUUCUUCAAUCUUUAGCUUGCAGUUUUUAUCUUUUACUUCGCACAAUCCAAAUUCUCUCUACCUCUCUUCUCCAAUGGCUUCCUCUAAUUCCAAUCUCUCAAUUACUUCAAUGGAUUUCCUCUGAAACAUCCCAAUCUACGUUUUUUUUCCUAUAACAACACACAGCGAAGGCCAUGCCAUUGCCAUUGCACUUGGCGUUCUGGAUCGCCGACAUGGUUUGGGUAGCCUUUAGCGGCUGUAUUACUUCUUGUUUGGCCUUAGCCGACGAGGUCGCCGGCUCCAUCAGAACUGGCGAUAUUGGCGCUUUUCACAUUGGCUGACCGGAGAUUCAUUCGAUUUCAUCAAUUCCUAACUCUCUGAGAAAUUAUGGCUGCCUAAAAUGGAAACUAUAGGAAUUUGGUUUCCUCUUCAUUGAUUCAACUGACAUUGUCAAGUUUGAAGAGCAAAUAUGGCAAGUCUUUGUGGCAGCAUUUUUCUGCUUCUAGUACCAGUGAAUGUUUAACAUUUGAUCAUUGGGCAUUCAAAAUAUGUCAUUUCCAUCCAAUAGAAGGGUUUGGAUGCUGAAAAUAUGGAUUCAUGAAAUGUUUGGGAGUGAUUUUGAACGUUUGUUAUUUUCAAAACCACUUGAAAAAUGUUUUUUAAUUCUUCAAAAUUAAUUUUAAUACUAUGAAAAUUGCAUUUAAACAUGUAAAAUUAAACAUUGAAUUGAUUUUGUGUGAUGAAAUGUGUGUUUCAGAGUGAUUUUAAACAUGGCAAAAAUGAUUUUAGCCAUUUCAAAAUCACUCCCAAACAUGCACUUAAUAUUUGGCCCAAAUUCCCGCUAUUAACAACUUAGUGGUCAUUGAACUUCAUGUGCCUAGUUUUCUUCUUCUAUGAGAUAGGGGCAUCCCCCAGUUGCUCUGAAAUUCUUUAUCUGGGCUA